AUGGAGGACUGCGUGCACGUGUGCGUCCGGAUUCGGCCCGUCCUCGGCAAGAAGGAGCCGAGAGGCGCCGAGCCGAUUCCCGGCGCCAACUGCGUGCGCGUGCCUCCGACGAAUGGCACGGCGCCGACGCAGCUCGUCGUCGGCAAGGAUCGGCCGUUCACGUUCGAUACGAUCCUGACGCCGGACGCCAACCAGGCCAAGCUCUACGAUGCGUCCGUGGCCUCGCUCGUCGCCAAGUUCAUGGAGGGCUACAACGCGACCGUGCUCGCGUAUGGCCAAACAGGCAGCGGCAAGACGCACACGAUGAGCGGCGGCGCGGCCUACAGCACCAAGAUUGACGAGGGCCAUGGCGUCAUUCCGCGCGCCGUCUGCCACGUCUUUCGCUGCAUGCAAGAACUCAAGCACGUCAAGGAAUUCCUUCUGCGCGUCGAGUACCUCGAGAUUUACAACGAAGAGCUCCGCGACUUGCUGCACCCUGAGACGUCGUCCAAGCAACUGUCGAUCCGCGAAGACGCCAACGGCCACAUUGUCGUCGCCGGCGCGCAGUCGCGCGCGGUGCAGACGCCAGAAGACGUGAUGCGACUCCUCUCGAUGGGCACGGCCGCGCGCGUCACGGGCAGCACCAACAUGAACGAGCAGUCGAGCCGGUCGCAUGCAAUCUUUACGCUCAUGCUGCAGCAGCGCGACCUCGGGACGGGCGAAUUUACGCUCGCCAAGUUCCACCUCGUCGACUUGGCCGGCUCGGAGCGUGCCAAGCGCACGGGCGCGGUCGGCGGUCGUUUCAAAGAGUCAAUCAACAUCAACCAAGGGCUCCUUGCGCUCGGCAACGUGAUUAGCGCGCUCGGCGACGAAGCCAAGAAGAAGCUCCACGUACCGUACCGCGACUCGAAGCUGACGCGCCUCCUCCAGGACUCUCUUGGCGGCAACUCGACCACGCUCAUGAUUGCGUGCGUCAGUCCGGCGGCGUCCAAUUUCGAGGAGACGCUCAACACGCUCAAGUACGCGAACCGGGCCAAGAACAUCAAGAACCGGCCGGUCGUCAACCAUGUGGUCGAGAACGAGCAAGCGUCGAUGAUCGCUCGCAUGAAGUCGGAGAUCCAGGAGCUCCAGACGCAGCUCCAGCAGCAAGGCGAGGCCGACACGGAAGAAUCAUGGCGGCAAAAGCUCGACGCGGAAAUGCAGACGGCGCGGCACUACAAGCGCCUUGUCCGCGAGGCCAAAGUGUGCGCCAAGGAAGCCGCGACGACGCUCGUGUCGCUCGAACGCGACGUCAAGACACUGGGCCGGCCCGUGCAGCAGCGCCUCAACGACGUGGUCAAGGCGCUCAACGCGAUUCUGCUCCUCGCGCCGCCGACAAAGUCAAGUGACAUGGACACGGACCAGGCCCACGCCGAGAUCCUCGCGCUGAAAGAGAAGCUCAAGCAAGACGUCGAGAUCUUCAACCACAAGGCCAAGGACAUGGAAGCGCUUCAGCAGCUCAUGCUCAAGAUGAAGGCCGAAUUUGACACCACGGUGCUCGUCAACCAGCAGCUGCAGGCGGCCAACGCUGCCCUCGAGGCCCGCGUGCAAGCGCUGCGCGCCGACGCGAGCCACACGGCGGCGAAAACGUCGCCCGACCGGCUUCUGCGCGCCAAGCGAGACGAGACCAUCAGUGGGCCCAAGAGCCUCUUUCGCCAGCGCCACCAGCCGGCGGACGACGAUGACGAUUGUGUACUUAUCGACGACGACGACAACAACAACCAUCACCACGAGGGCAAGGACACGGAGGUGCCAGCUGUGCCCAGUCCGAACCAGCGGCAGCUGCCAAGUCCCAUCUCCCGCGUGCAUUCAGCCCCGACGACGGCCCGGCGCCGGCUGGAGAAGCUGCCGUCGCCACCCAAGUCGGCCGAUGCGUCCCUCGCAGCUGCGCAGAGCCUCCACUCGCUCUUCAAGAGCCAGCUGCAAGCGGCGUUGGACGCCAAGGACGUCUCGGACCAGAUGGAGUCGCUCGUGCAUGACAAGGAAGAAACCGAGCGGCAAAUCCACGACAUUGCUUUGCGCAAGACCGGGCUCGAGAUGGAAAAGAUGCGUCAAAGCUUGAGCGUCCAGCAUAGUAUCUCGGACCUCUCGGCAACGAUUCAAGCCAUGAACCAAAAGAUGACGUCGCUGCCGGAUGCGGACGACGUUGCCCGGCUGAAGCGCCGGAAGGAGCGCGCGGAGAAGAAGCUCGCCUUGCUGUUGGAAAAGAACGAAGCACAGGCGUAUCUCGAGCCCGGCGCCCAAGACGAGCUGGCGGCCCUCGAAGAGCAGAUCGAAGACCUCAAUUCGCAAAUCCUCUUUCAAGACGCGCAGCUCGAAUCGGCCAAGUCCAUCUGCCCAAGCACGAGCAAAGCGACGUCGCCGCUCGACCGAAUCCUCAAGACACUGGGCGUGCCGCGGACUGGCGACGGAAAGCUCCUCGCGUGGCUCCGCCUCUCCUGGAACGAGGUGGCUUCACAUUGUACACAGUUGGUGACACUGGCCUCGUCGGAGCGCGCGUUGCAGGCCAAAAUCCAGCAGCAAGAAGAGCUCAUCACGCAGCUGUCGCAGACGCGCGUGCAGCUCGAGCACGGUCUCGCGGCCGCGCGCGCCGAGUACGAUCGGCGAUUCGUGCAGCAGGAGGCCGCGCACGCCCAGUCGCUGCAUACCAUUGACGAGCUGACGAUCCUCGUGGCUGAGAAGCAGUCCAAGCUCGAGCAGUUGAAGGACGACAAGGCGAUCGCAGACAUGAGCGCGCUCCUCGCGGCCAAGCAAGCCGAGCUGGACGUUGCCAAGCGGUGCGUGCACGAGGCAGAGAAGGACAAGAAGCGUCUCGCCGAGUACGACCGGUACGUCGGCCAGCGCCAGGCCGAGUGGGAAGAACACAUGGCGGCCCUCAAAGAGCAGCUGCACGCUGCGAAAGACGAGGUCGCGCGCCUCCAGCUCUCGUCGUCGUCGUCGCCAACCGAGCUGACGCAGCUCCAGGCGCAAUAUGCGGCGCAGCAAGACUACAUUGGGAAUCUCGAGAAGCACCUCGUGCUCUUCAAGACAAAAGCCAAGCAAACACAAAUGCAGCUCCAGCAGCUCAUCCGCGACUCGAGCCAGCAGAGCCCAGAUGACGCGCGCCGCAUCACGCAGCUCGAGGAGCUGAACGAGGCGCUCAUGAAAGAAAACGCGGCAAUGAAGGUACACAUGCACGCGGUGCGGACCAAGAGCCAUAGUGACGAUGUCCGCAUUCGGAUCCCGAAAACUGAGCUGCAAGAAGUCGACGUGGCUGGGCGCCCUACCUUGUAG